AUGGUUUCAGCCUGGACUUAUGAUUUCAUUGGUGUAGGGGGAACUUUCCAUGAGGAACCUCCUUUUAUUGAUGGAGAUUGGUGCUUCGUUGAUACCUCACCAUGGCCUAGAGGUUAUCCUGGGCCAAAUCUCAAAAGUCUGUUAGCUGUGAUUACUUUUAGUAUUUCUGCAGAGCUGAAAAGUACAGACUGGCAAGGACAGUUUGCUCACGAAACCAGCUCAUGCAUUGAUUUGAUUGUCACCUCUUGGAAGAAAGAGCAGCAGCAGCACGGCCUGAAGCUGGAGCGCUCACAGCCAGGACCAAAUGCUUGGAGAGAGGAGGAGGCGGAACCUCCGUGCACACGGGUCUCACUUCCCACCCGGAGAACUGUUUGGAUGCACCACUGGGGGAGCGAAGCUGCGCUGCACCGCGCGGUGACCGGUCGCGCGGCAGGCAUGGAGGGGAGUGGGGCAGUGACCACUGCAGGCAGGGGCGGCGUUGCCGGCGGCGUCCACCCCCUCUUAGGGGCUCUCGAUGGACAGAACUGGAUGACCAGCCACCCGCAGUUUUUGGAGAUGCUGGAAUUAGACGUGGCAGAGACUUCUCAAGUUUAUACAGCUUUCUUGGUUUACCUGGACCUUCUGGAAGGUAGACACUGGCAUGAGGUAAAGAGUGUAGGACUACCAGAGCUCCAGCUCAUUUGCCUCCACGGUCAUGAGAAGGAAGGAGAAAGGUUACAGAUUGUGGUGCCAACAUCUGUUCAUGAAUCGUUCAGUCAUGAGAGAAUAAGAGAGAUCAUGACCCAUGCUUGCAAAUUCCAAGUUGAACCAGAUUCCCCAAUGUCAAUUACCUUGGCCAUAGUAGAGUCUGAUUCCACAAUCGUCUAUUAUAAACUGACUGAUGGAUUCGUAGUGCCAGAUCCUCCUGAUGAAGUUGAGGAUACUGAUAGUAAACAGUGGAGAAAGAAAAAGAAACUGAAGAGGUGACUUGAAGUGUGAACUGAAGAACUGAACUGAGGACAGUUCAUGGAAUCACUGAUGUCAAGCCAAUAUGAAGAUAAGCAAAGGAUACGGUGGUUCAGUUGACAUACUGAAGAAAAUAAGGUUAACAAGCAACAUAACAACCGUGCAAACACACUUUUUCAUCCAACUCUGCCCCUGCUAGGCCUAGACCCCAAAGAGAAAGAGCUUCACGGAAAAGGGCCCGUAUAUCCAAAAAGCAUUUAUCGCAACUAUUUUCCUAAUAGCCCCAAAAUGGAAAUUAAGGGGGUACCCACCUACUGGAAUGGCUACAGAAAUUGUGGUCUGUGAAUCUAAUGGAAUAUUAUUGUGCCAGAGGAAGCGACGGCAUGGAUUGUUUCCAGAUAAAGUGGGAAGAUCUCUAUGAUCUGAUUCAGAGUGAAGUGACCUAGAGGAGGAAGAAUGCAUCAGACAAAGCAUAGGCGGAAGAACAGGGCAGGUUUAGUAAUGCUACGGGCCCACGAUCUGGAGCUCUAGCUUAGCUGGGACUAGCUCCAGGACUGUGCUUUGGCUUCUCCUGGAGGUGGGUCAGCGUUUGGUCUGUGGCAUGGGCACUUGGCACAGGGACCGGAUCUGAGUUCAGCUAGCUUCUUAGUCUCCCUAAGCAGCCAAGUUCCAGAUACCCUCUCCAGUACCUACAAGUCCACAACAGUUGCCUCACCUACACCUGCCUGGGAAAGAGGGGACCUUCCUAGCCUCCCUGAAUAGACAUUCUAUCAACUUCCAGGUACCCUCUGUGGCCUUCUACAACUCCAAAGCAGUUGUCUUCACCUAUCUGUUUUCUCCUUCACAAUGCACUGCUCCACCCCCUACACCCAAACUAUACACAGCUGUCUGAUGCUCUGAGAUACCUCUAUGCCAAGACUGAACCCCAAAGGACAAUGAUAACCUACCCAAAUUCAUUCCUCAGUGGUGAACAUAUUUUCACACUGUCAUGUCCUCUCCAUCCCGUUGUAUACCUGGCUGCCAUUGUUCAAACUCCCAUUCUCUGUCCCUUGUGGACCACUUCCUUAUUCCCUUUUUCCUUCUCAAUCCAACCUCUUCCUUCCUUGUGUCCACUCUAAAGUCACCUACUUCUUCCACUGUGAUCUCUGGAUUUCCUGUUCAAUGGGUAAAAAACCUAGCUCUCUUAAAUUUUUUUAUUUCUCACCCCUCUGUGUCUUGCACUCAUUGAGAUCUGGCUCUGUUCUGAUGACACCACAUCGCUGACCACCUUUUCCAGCACUGUUUGCACUUUCAUUCAUUCCCCACCCCCUUUCUUUACUCCCAACUCACUGUUCUUGGUGGGCAAGUCAGAACACUCUUUGCUCUUCAUUACCACUUCCAGGCUCUUGCUCUACCACCAUCAUUCACCACCUCUGAGGUUCAUUCAGUCCAUAUUAAUCAUUCAGUCAAGAUUCUGGUGGCUGUUGUCUACCUACCUCCAGGACACUCUCCUUCCUCAAAGGGUUAAGUGGCUCACUCAGUCUUUCUCUUCAUCUCUCCAACUCCUGCUCUCGUACUAAAGGACUUCAUCAUACAUAUUCAUACUACUACAAGCACCUUAGCUUCAACUUACUCAUUUCUUCUGACCUACUCUUCUUCCCACCUUAGCUAUACCCAGAGAUGGUCUUGAUCUUCCCAUCUCCUGCAAAUAUUCCACUUCCUUGGUCACAAAUUCUGAAACUCCUUUUUUGGAUAAAUUUGUUGUCAUUCCACUUCUCCUUCUGUUUUGCAGUCCCCUAACCCUAUUCUUCGUCCUCAACAGCUGGAAUUCUCUACCUCCUUAUCUUUACUCCUUGAUUUGCCUGGCUUCCUUCAAGUCCAAACUAAAAUCCCUGCUUCUAUUACAAGCCUUUCCCAGCCCUUCUUAAUCUUAGUGCCUUCCCUCUGACAGUAAUCCAAUUUGUCCUGUUUAUAUAUGUUGUUUUGACAAAGUUGUUUGCAUAUUCUCUCCUCAUGGGGAGCAUCUGUCUUUUGCUUUUCUUUAGGUGUACUAAGGUAUAGUACCUGGCGAAUAAUAGGCACUUAAUAAAAUGCUUGUUGACUUGGA